AUGUACACGCUGUCGCAGGCGCAAGAUCCGGGUCAGGCCCAUCUAUGUAGUGCAACGUGCCUAGGUUUCGACUCUAUUCACGGAGUCGACAAACCUCGAAGUACUGUUUCGCACCUUGAGGAUGAGAUUGCCCGUCUGGAAGGUGAGCUCUAUCGUGUCAAGGGCCAGGUCAACACCAUCUCCGAUUCGGCGAUCGCGGCGGUUGAACGGCUAUCCAGAUGCGUGGCCAGAGCCACUCUCGCACCUCUCAGCUGCUCACGGAGGCAAACAAACCUCCUCUCAUUGAACUCAUCCUUCUUCCUCUCGGGUUCUCCAGUACCUUAUCUCAGCAGCCAGGCUUCGAAUCCCGACAAACUUGAACGUGCCGAGGAGCCUUCGCUCGGUACGAACACGCUUUCCUCCAUCCCUCGUCAUGUUGUCGACGCCUUGUUGAAACACUACUGUGAAACAUAUCGCCCAUUAUAUCCGGCUGUAGAACAGUUGGAUUUAUACCAGGCUUGUGACCGCGUCUACAACAACGCAGAUCCCUCUGGCUUCGACAUCUUCUGUGUGCAUAUCACGAUGGCCAUCAGUAUGCAAACCCUCAUGCAUAAGGAUGAGAAGCGCGCAACAACGGCUUCGUAUGGGUUUUGGAUGACGGCCGCAGGCCUCCUGGGUGAAAUUGCUUCGGUGGAUGAUGCAUGGGAGCAGCUUCAGGCCUUGCAGCUUCUCGCCCACUACGCCUUCAUGAAUCCAAAAAAUGUCGACUGCAAGAAAUGUGCUGCUGCAGCUUCCAGACUGUGCAUACAUCUCGGACUCCAUCAGGAAUUGCCCGUGUCGGCCCAGGUCAACCUGGAUCCUCAGGUCCUCAACACUCGAAGAAGACUCUUUUGGAAUUCGUAUAAUAUUGAUUGGUACGAUUGCAUUCACCCUGAAGUCAGUACCAAUGAUUUGACGAUUUGGUCAGUGCAGUUCACGCGGUCCAAUGUCAGCCCUUUCUAUGGCCAGCAUCUGUAUUGA